UGGCCUGUGCCAGCCGGCGGCGGGCCUGCUGAGCGGGCAGAGGGAAAUAAGGGCGCCCCACGGCAGCCGCUCCGGGCGGAACAGAACCUGGGUACGCGGCUGGCGCCACGGUGCCCCCUAGAGGCGGGAACAGACAGAGCGGCGGGGCCGCCAUUUUGUUUGGCGCUGUUUCCACGGAGACCAGCGAGGGUCCGGCCGGGGUGAGCGGGCGAGGCCGAUGGCGGCCGCGGGGCGCUCCGGCCUGGAGGAGCUGCAGCUCACGGCCGAGGAGGUGGAGCGGCUGAAGGGCGCCUUCCGGGACGAGCGGUUCCGGGCGCUGCUGGCGGAGUACGCGGCGGAGCUGGCCGACCCGGAGCAGCAGCGGCGGUACGAGGCGGAGGUGACGGCGCUGGAGCGGGAGCGCGGGGUGGAGGUGCGCUUCGUGCACCCGGCGCCGGGCUACGUGCUGCGGACCAGCCAGGGGGGCGCCCAGCGCUGCUACCUCAACGUCUGCAGCGACCCGCUGCUGGGCCGGCCCCAGGCCCGCGCCGAGCCCCGCGGCCAGCGCUGGGCCCUGCCCUACAGCCUGGCCCCCGGCCGCGAGGAGCUGGGCCGCUCCGGCCGCCGGCGCCUGGUCUACGACGUGGUCUUCCACCCGGAGACGCUGCGCCUGGCCGCCCGCAGCGCCCGCUUCAGGCGCAUGGUGAGCGACACGGCGCUGGAGGCGGUGCAGAGCCGCUUCGGGGUGCAGCUGGACCGGGCCAACGCCGUCCCGCUGCGGGGCACCGCCUACAAGGGGGUCCCGCAGGCCUCCGUCAUCCGCACCCCGCUGCCAGGGGGCGCCCCGCCGCCGCGGGCCGAGGAGCCCGGCUCCCCGCUGCCGCCCUUCCCGUCCCCCUACUCCUACCCCGCUGCCCCCGGCGGCAGCGCCCAGCCGCCGCCGCCGGCCCCCGCCGCGCCGCCCGGCCCCCAGCCGGGUGACGGGGCUCGGCCCCCGGCCCCCACCGCGCCCCGCUGGAGCCUGCGGCACCGCUCCUACGUGGACCUGCAGGACUAUCGCUGCUGCCGGGACUCGGCGCCCAGCCCGGUGCCCCGGGAGCUGGUGGUGACCAUCGACCUGCCGCUGCUGAGCUCCGCCGGCCAGGCCGCCUUGGAGAUCCGGGGGCGGGAGCUGCGCCUGGACUCGCAGCGGCCCGCCUACCGCCUCCGCCUCCGCCUGCCCUACCCGGUGGACGAGAACCGCGGGCAGGCCACCUUCAACAAGGCCAAGCGGCAGCUGCUGGUCACGCUGCCCGUCCUGAGCGUCGCGGCCCCUGCCGAGCCCAGCGGAGCGAGCCUGGAGGAGCCCGAAGUCGGCCCGGCUUCCUCAGUAGGCCUUGGUCCGGGCCAGGAGCAGCGGGAAGAGGCAGGGCCUGCAGCCGGGGAGGAGGAGGAGGAGCUCGGGCUGCCGCCAACUGAGCAAGCGUGUGUGCCAGGCGGUAGCGGCCGGGCCCCCAGCAGCCUGACUCGUCCCGUGACACCGGUGUGCCCCGACAGCGUGGAUCUGACCUCGUACACCACCACCAGCAGCCAGGCGGAUCCUUCCCUGGCACCCAGUAACGGGACAGAUCUUCCCACUUGUCCCAGCAACAGCCUGUACCCUGCCGUGCCCACCGAGUGCCUGAGCCGCAGCGGCGACCCAGACCGUCCUGCGGCCCCCAGCACCAUGACCGCUCCGGUUUGUCCCGCCUUCCAGUGCACCCAAGACGAAGAAUCUCUGACCCUGCUCUUGCAGGUGCCAAACAUCCAGCCAGAGAGUUUGAAGGGGGAAGUUGGCACAAAUCACUACAGACUCAGUUUCAGUUCCAAGGACGCUGCUUCCUACUCCUUCCUCUUACAGUUUCCUCUUGAAAACAAGCUGACCCCCCCCGAGGCUGGUAUUAAUGUCUCCCCCAACAACGCUGUAAUAGGACUAUCCAAAUCUCCUGAGAGUGGUGGACUUUGGGGGAAGAUGUACUUCGGCUUAAACAGCAACACUCUGCAGGAAAGGUUGUUUGUCAGUGAAGAAAAUGUUGAUGAAUUUCUGGAUAGUGUCUUGUGCCCUUCAUUCCUCAAACAGACAACACUGGAAAGCCAACCAUUAAUUGAAGUACUUGAUGUUACGGAGGUCAAAAGUCAAAUCAGAUUAAAGUCACAGGAGGUUAAACAUUGUGAACUUGGUGAAAAAGAACAAAGAAUUAACAAUUCAGGAAGAGAUCAAGUUGAAAAAGAGAACAGAAACUAUUUAAAAACAAAUAUAGAAGCUAACCAUAUUGCAGCUGACACAGCUGGAGAACAUGGUAUGGAAACUGACAUUACUACUGGAUCUUUUACAACUGCUAAAACAAUAGGAGUAGUAGAUUGUAGUUCAGGCCAUUGUUUGCAAGUUGAACCUAUUGACACUAGUUUAGCAAUUUCUGGGAAAUCUCAGAUAAAUGAACCACAGUUAGAACUUGCUUUCACAACAGGCAAAAGUGCCACAUCCUCGGACUGUGAAAAGCAAGAAUUACUUCAUUUGAAAGAGCAGGCAAAAAUAAGAAGGGAUGAAGAAGUCCUGUCUUCAGAGCCAGCAGAAGAGAACCAGCACCAUUUGAACUGUAGACCAGUUUCUCCAAUUAUAAAGGAAAUGAAUAUGCAAGAUGGAAGUGUGCAAAUUGUUAGAGAUCAUACAACACACGGUGCAUUAAUUUUUCAAAAUUCUUUGUUGUAUGAAUUGGAUUAAGUUAUGUCAGUUAGGAUUUUAAUUGUAAUGGUCAGUUUAUUAUCUGCAGUUCAGGCUUCUGUUUUUUUGGCAUCGAAAUCAUUGCACGGAAAGCAGAAAUCUGAACUUGAGUCUGACAACUUCAAUAAGAGGAACCAAUUUAAUUGUUUUGUUUACAAGUCAAUUUAUGUUAAUUUUGAUUUUUUUACAGUUUUAACUUUCUUUAAAAUAAAAAUAUUUUCAUAAGAAAUGUUCAAUUGAGUAGAAAUUAAAACAUAUAAACAGCAACAGUGGACUACUUUCCCUUCAAGGACUUGGAUCUUGAUUAGUUGUGUAAUCUCUCUAAUGUAAUAAAGUUCUUAUAUAUGUUUA